GAAUUUAACAUCACAAACAAUUGAUUUAUACUAUUAAGAGUGUCUGUAAACCGGAGUCGACGCAUGGAAGGCCAACGAUUCCGGGGUGAUGGUGUGGAUGGUUGGAAGUUGGAGUUGUUGCGGUAUGGACUUCCCGGCGUUGUUUUGGUCGACGAAAUAAGUUGAGCAUAAUGGAUGGAAGUAACGUUCUUCCUGCUGUCGGUAUUGAUCUAGGAACAACAUAUUCUUGUGUGGGUGUAUGGCGACAUGGUCAAGUAGAGAUCGUACCUAAUGAUCAAGGUAACAGGAUUACUCCAUCUUCUGUUGCUUUUACCGAUGUCAGACGUCUAAUUGGUGAAGCUUCCAUGAACCAGAUCGGUAUGAAUGCCACAAACACCAUCUUUGAUGCUAAAAGGUUGAUUGGAAGGAGAUUUAGUGAUGAUAUAGUUCAACAAGACAUGAAGUUGUGGCCUUUUAAAGUCAUUAAAGGGACUAAUGAUAUUCCAAAUAUUGUUGUUUCACACAUGGGUGAAGAGAAAAGAUUUUGUGCAGAAGAGAUUUCAGCCAUGGUUCUUACGAAAAUGAAAGAUAUUGCAGAGACAUACCUUGGUGAAACCGUAGAGAACGCAGUUAUUACAGUGCCUGCAUAUUUCACCGACUCACAACGGCAAGCAACCAAGGAUGCAGGUCGUGUGGCUGGACUUAAUGUUUUACAAAUGCUUAAUGAGCCUACCUCAGCUGCAAUUGCCUACGGACUAGACAAUGUAGCUGACACGACUCGUGAAAAGAAUGUGCUUGUAUUUGACUUGGGUGGUGGCACAUUUGAUGUUUCUCUAGUCACCAUUGAUAGAGAAUGCAAGUUAACCGUGAAGGCUGUGGAUGGUGACACUCACUUAGGUGGUCAGGACUUUGACAACAAAAUGGUGGAUCAUUGCGUCAAGGAGUUUUAUAGAAAGCACAAGAAAGACAUUAGUGGGAAUCCAAAAGUACUUGGUAAAUUGAGAGUCCACUGUGAAAGAGCAAAACGAACACUAUCUUCCACAACCGAAGCCACUAUUGAAGUGGAUGGAUUGUACCAAGGCAUUGAUUUUUUCUUAACUAUUAGUCGUGCGAAGUUUGAGAAUCUUAACGCAGACUACUUUGCUAAAUGCAUAGAAACAGUUGAGCGUUGUUUGAACGCUGCAAAUGUGAGCAAGAAACUUGUUGAUGAGGUAGUACUUGUAGGUGGAUCAACACGGAUUCCUAAAGUACGCAGUUUGUUGCAAGAUUUCUUUGAUGGAAAACAGCUUUACAAUGGUAUCCAUGCUGAUGAAGCGGUAGCAAAUGGUGCAACAAUUCUUGCAGCAAGGUUAAGUGGCAAAAAAGGUCAGAACCUGAAUAAAUUAGAGUUUUGGGACGUUACUCCUUUGUCACUUGGUGUAGAGGCGUAUGACGACACUAUAUCAGUCGUGAUUGAAAAGAAUACCCCGAUGCCUGCAAGGAAGGAACGUGAUUACGUAACCAUCAAAGAUAAUCAACCUGCCAUAAUUUUCAAUGUGUAUGAGGGUGUAAGACCAAGGCCGAUACACAAUAAUUGGCUAGGAAAAUUUGAGGUUGAUGUACCACGUGCGCCAAGGGGUGAAUCAAGAGUUAAAGUUGUUUUCGCCAUAAAUGCUAAUGGUAUUUUGAAAUGCUCGGGAGAGGAAGAAACAACCGGAUUCAAAAAGAAGAUAAGAAUCGACAAAGGGAGGCUUUCAAAGGAAGAGAUUGAGAAAAUGGUAAGAGACUCGAAAAAGUACAAACUAGAGGAUCAAGAGUACAAGAAGAAGGUAACUGCUCGCAACAAAUUGGAGGAAUAUAUAUAUGUUGUGCAAAAUAAAAUCAAGACCAUAGGUAACGAUGCGAAAACAAGAAUACGAAAGAAGGACUUGAAGAAACUGGAAAAGGCCAUAGAGGAUGCUAAUCAAUACAUUGGUGUUGAUAAACUUGUUGAUGUUGGAGUAUAUGAGAUGAUGCUAAAUAAUCUAGAAAACCUGCAAAUUUCUAUUUGCCACUCUUGAGUAGAUAGGUGUGUUUAAAGUGCAAAAGUGUGUUAGUUUCUGUUAUUGCACAACUUGGUAGAUAAUUAAAGUGUGUUUAACGUGCAAGAUAUGUAUUAGUUUCUAUAUAUCAUUGCACAACUUCAGUAGAUAGAGUGUGUUUAAGGUGCAAGAUAUGGUAUUAGUGUUAUGGGCC